UAGACCUUCAUACGUUCAUACAUAGCGGUUCUCAAUCGUUAUUCGCGAACACCCCGUUGUGUCGAUGCUGCACGAAGAAUUAAGAAGCAAGUGUCCAUAUUUCAAAAUGCCACUGAUCACCGUCGCACUUUUAAUAAGCUUCUUCUUAGGCGACGCUGCAUCCAAGUGCCCAGCCGAACUGUUAUCAGUUGCCCAGACUAACUGCGAAUCAGCAUUUAUGAACGAACGCGGGCUCGUUGCUCACCCUGAAUAUCUCAACCAACAGACACGCAAGUGGUAUUGCUGUAUGAUGCAGUACAGCCAGAGUUGUCUUCAGGCGCUGAAACAACAAGGAUGUGAUUCCGAAGAUCUCUCGAAGUUCACAGAGAAAGUUGAAUCUCAAUGUGGAACGUCCAAGUCGCUCUGCUCUGCUCAGUGCAAUCAUGACACAUUAUCCAGUGCCCAGUCUGUGUGCAGCGAGCGAUAUCAGCUGACCCAUGGGUUUGUUCCCCAAAGACCAGGAGAUCUCAUUGAAGAAGCAAAGAGACGGUACUGCUGCGAGAUGGAAUACACCAAGACUUGUCUCCCGGAAACACUUAAACAAAAAGGAUGCGACGACACCGGCUUUGUUCAGCUCUUCAUCGAGCCAAUAAAUACCAGAUGUGGAACAUCAAAAUUGGACUGUGGAGCUGCGUCAAACUGCCCAACCGAAACGUUAUCAAUUCCCCAGGCUCGGUGCGAAGAAACGUUUAUGAAGCAACACGGGCUCGCUGCUCACCCUGAAUAUUUGAACCAACAGACGCGCAAAUGGUAUUGCUGUAUGAUGCAAUACAGCCAGAGUUGUCUUCAGGAGCUGAAACAACAAGGAUGUGAUUUCAAAGAUUUGCUUUCGAAGUUCGCAGGGAAAGUUGAGGCUCAGUGUGGACCGUCCAAGUCGCUCUGCUCUGCUCAGUGCAAUCCUGACACGUUAUUCCAUGCCCAGUCUGUGUGCAGCGAGAGAUAUAAGCUGGCCCAUGGGUUCGAUCCGCAAAGACCAGGAGACCUCGUCGAAGAGGCAAAGAGACGGUACUGCUGUGAGAUGGAAUACAGCAAGACAUGUCUCCCAGAAAUACUUAAACAACAAGGAUGUGACGACACCGGUUUCGUUCAGAUGUACAUCGAGCAAAAAAAUACUAGAUGCGGAGGAUUGAAGUUGGACUGCGACGCUGCAUCCAAGUGCCCAACCGAAACGUUAUCACUUGCCCAGACUCAGUGCCAACAAACAUUUAUGAACGAACACGGGCUCGUUGUUCACCCUGAAUAUUUGAACCAACAGACGCGCAAAUGGUAUUGCUGUAUGAUGCAAUACAUCCAGAGUUGUCUUCAGCUGCUGAAACAACAACGAUGUGAUCUCAAAGAUUUCCUUUCAAAGUUCACAGAGAAAGUUCAAGCUCAAUGUGGAACGUCCAAGUCGCUCUGCUCUGCUCAGUGCAACCAUGACACAUUAUUCAAUGCCCAGUCUGUGUGCAGCGAGCGAUAUAAGCUGGCCCAUGGGUUCGAUCCCCAAAGACCAGGAGAUCUCAUCGGAGAUGCACAGAGACGGUACUGCUGUGAGAUGGAAUACAGCAAGACAUGUCUCCCGGAAACACUUAAACAACAAGGAUGCGACGACACAGGCUUUGUUCAGCUCUUCAUCGAGCAAGUAAACACUAGAUGUGGAGCAUUAAAGUUGGACUGCGACGCUGCAUCCAAGUGCCCAACCGAAACGUUAUCAGUUACCCAGACUCAGUGCGAAGAAACAUUUAUGAACGAACACGGGCUCGUUGUGCACCCUGAAUAUUUGAACCAACAGACGCGCAAAUGGUAUUGCUGUAUGAUGCAAUACAUCCAGAGUUGUCUUCAGCUGCUGAAACAACAACAAUGUGAUCCCAAAGAUUUCCUUUCGAAGUUCACACAGAAAGUUCAAGCUCAAUGUGGAACGUCCAAGUCGCUCUGCUCUGCUCAGUGCAACCAUGACACAUUAUUCAAUGCGCAGUCUGUGUGCAGCGAGCGAUAUAAGCUGGCUCAUGGGUUCGAUCCUCAAAGACCAGGAGAUCUCGUCGAAGAUGCAAAGAGACGGUACUGCUGUGAGAUGGAAUACAGCAAGACAUGUCUCCCGGAAACACUUAAACAACAAGGAUGCGACGACACCGGCUUUGUUCAGCUCUUCAUCGAGCAAGUAAACACUAGAUGUGGAGCAUUAAAGUUGGACUGCGACGCUGCAUCCAAGUGCCCAACCGAAACGUUAUCACUUGCCCAGACUCAGUGCCAACAAACAUUUAUGAACGAACACGGGCUCGUUGUUCACCCUGAAUAUUUGAACCAACAGACGCGCAAAUGGUAUUGCUGUAUGAUGCAAUACAUCCAGAGUUGUCUUCAGCUGCUGAAACAACAACAAUGUGAUCCCAAAGAUUUCCUCUCGAAGUUCACAGAGAAAGUUGAAGCUCAAUGUGGAACGUCCAAGUCGCUCUGCUCUGCUCAGUGCAACCAUGACACAUUAUUCAAUGCCCAGUCUGUGUGCAGCGAGCGAUAUAAGCUGGCUCAUGGGUUCGAUCCCCAAAGACCAGGAGAUCUCAUCGGAGAUGCACAGAGACGGUACUGCUGUGAGAUGGAAUACAGCAAGACAUGUCUCCCGGAAACACUUAAACAACAAGGAUGCGACGACACCGGCUUUGUUCAGCUCUUCAUCGAGCAAGUAAACACUAGAUGUGGAGCAUUAAAGUUGGACUGCGACGCUGCAUCCAAGUGCCCAACCGAAACGUUAUCAGUUGCCCAGACUCAGUGCGAAGAAACAUUUAUGAACGAACACGGGCUCGUUGUUCACCCUGAAUAUUUGAACCAACAGACGCGCAAAUGGUAUUGCUGUAUGAUGCAAUACAUCCAGAGUUGUCUUCAGCUGCUGAAACAACAACAAUGUGAUCCCAAAGAUUUCCUUUCGAAGUUCACACAGAAAGUUCAAGCUCAAUGUGGAACGUCCAAGUCGCUCUGCUCUGCUCAGUGCAACCAUGACACAUUAUUCAAUGCCCAGUCUGUGUGCAGCGAGCGAUAUAAGCUGGCUCAUGGGUUCGAUCCUCAAAGACCAGGAGAUCUCAUCGAAGAUGCAAAGAGACGGUACUGCUGUGAGAUGGAAUACAGCAAGACAUGUCUCCCGGAAACACUUAAAGAACAAGGAUGCGACGACACAGGCUUUGUUCAGCUCUUCAUCGAGCAAGUAAACACUAGAUGUGGAGGAUUAAAGUUGGACUGCGACGCUGCAUCCAAGUGCCCAACCGAAACGUUAUCACUUGCCCAGACUCAGUGCCAACAAACAUUUAUGAACGAACACGGGCUCGUUGUUCACCCUGAAUAUUUGAACCAACAGACGCGCAAAUGGUAUUGCUGUAUGAUGCAAUACAUCCAGAGUUGUCUUCAGCUGCUGAAACAACAACGAUGUGAUCCCAAAGAUUUCCUCUCAAAGUUCACAGAGAAAGUUGAAGCUCAAUGUGGAACGUCCAAGUCGCUCUGCUCUGCUCAGUGCAAUCAUGACACAUUAUUCAAUGCCCAGUCGGUGUGCAGCGAGCGAUAUAAGCUGGCCCAUGGGUUCGAUCCCCAAAGACCAGGAGAUCUCAUCGAAGAUGCAAAGAGACGGUACUGCUGUGAGAUGGAAUACAGCAAGACUUGUCUCCCAGAAAUACUUAAACAACAAGGAUGUGACGACACCGGUUUCGUUCAGCUCUUCAUCCAGCAAAUAAAUUCUAACUGUGGAACAUCAAAAUUGGACUGCGACGCUGCACCCAAGUGCCCAACUGAAACUUUAUCAGUUGCCCAGGCUCAGUGCGAAGAAACAUUCAUGAAGGAACACGGACUCGUUGUUCACCUUGAAUAUUUGAACCAAGAAACGCGCAAAUGGUAUUGCUGUAUGAUGCAAUACAGCCAGAGCUGUCUUCAGGUGCUGAAACAACAAGGAUGUGAUUCGAAAGAUUUGCUUUCGACGUUCGCAGAGAAAGUCGAAGCUCAAUGUGGAAAGUCCAAGUCGCUCUGCUCUGCUCAGUGCAAUCAUGACACGCUAUUCAAUGCCCAGACUGCGUGCAGCGAGAGAUAUAAGCUGGUCCAUGGGUUCGAUCCUCAAAAACCAGGAGAUUUCAUCGCAGAUGCACAGAAACGGUACUGCUGUGAGAUGGAAUACAGCAAGACUUGUCUCCCAGAAAUACUUAAACAACAAGGAUGCGACGACACCGGUUUCGUUCAGCUCUUCAUCCAGCAAAUAAAUACUAGAUGUGGAACAUCAAAAUUGGACUGCGACGCUGCAUCCAAGUGCCCAACCGAAACUUUAUCAGUUGCCCAGGCUCAGUGCGAAGAAACAUUUAUGAACGAACACGGGCUCGUUGUUCACCCCGAAUAUUUGAACCAAGAGACGCGCAAAUGGUAUUGCUGUAUGAUGCAAUACAGCCAGAGUUGUCUCCAGGUGCUGAAACAGCAACGAUGUGAUUCUGAAGAUUUCCUUUCGAAGUUCACAGAGAAAGUUCAAGCUCAAUGUGGAACGUCCAAGUUGCUCUGCUCUGUUCAGUGCAAUCAUGACACAUUACUCCGUGCCCAGACUGUGUGCAGCGAGAAAUAUAAGCUGGCCCAUGGGUUCGAUCCUCAAAAGCCAGGAGAUUUCAUCGCAGAUGCACAGAAACGGUACUGCUGUGAGAUGGAAUACAGCAAGACUUGUCUCCCGGAAAUACUUAAACAACAAGGAUGCGACGACACCGGUUUCGUUCAGCUCUUCAUCCAGCAAAUAAAUACUAGAUGUGGAACAUCAAAAUUGGACUGCGUCGCAGCACCGCAGUGCGACCCAAAAACAGUAUCUAAUGUGGACAAUGAUUGCGGCGCAAAAUACAAGCAGUUGUACGGCCUUACAACCCGAAAGCCUGAUGAGAAACAAGAACCUGCAGGUCUGAGCCCCGGGAUUGACAAACAACGGUGCUGUUCCUUGGAAUACAGCAAGAGUUGCGUUACGCAAGUACUAAAAGACAAACGAUGCGGUGAUAAGAUCAGCGCAUCUUUUCUUGAACAGAAAAAGAAGGUAAUGGCAAAUGUGUGUGGAAGCUCGAAAUUGGACUGUGAAUUUGACAAAAGCAAGAGCGAAGGUGCUGAGAGCAUGAAGUAUUCAGCAUGGACUCUGACAGCAGUCGCCAUUGUGGUGUCAGUGAUGAAGGUAGUGUGGUGUCAGUGGUUGUGAAGGCUUCCAUUUCGAGUGUUCAGGGCAACUGAUUCCAGUAGAUAUGGCUGCGUGACCGACCGACUGCCCGAAAAUAUUCACAUAUUCAACACAUUGACAUCCAAUAUCGACCACGAUAUUUCUUAUGUAACAAUGUACUCCGUUUCCAAUAGGGAGACAGCCAGUCUCUACAUAAUCAAUAUUAAUUAUUUCAUCAAACAUUAACCAGAUAUUUCUCAAAUACAGUUCAUUAACUGCUCA